ACCUCCUCUUUCUGCUGGGAACGCUACCCGGCUUUGCCUCUACUGCUCCAGCGAAGCGUCCAUGCUUCCCCUUACUGGUCGUACGAGCUCUGUAGCUGGUCCAGGCCCCUUUCAUCGGUCAUCCUUUCACCGAUUUCCUCACCUUUCCGGAAGUCCAUGUCGCUUUUUUUGGCUCGGAGACACACCGAAACCUUUUCCAGACACGCCAACGACUAUGAUUUGUACUGCACUUGCUCUCUAUCUCUGCUGCACUCACCUACCUUACCACGAAAUCCGCUAGCAUGGGUCACCUUUCUGUCCACUCCGCUUCUGCUCGACACGCCACAGCCCAUCAAUUGUGCGUCCCUCUUCUUACUCCCUUGGAUUCAUGGAAGAGUGACCUCAUCCAAUUCAAUCCUGUCGAUUUCUUCCCCGACUUUGAUUUCGUCAGACUUCCCCUUUUCUUCUCAUCCCUCUUUUGCCAUAGAGUCUGAUUUUCAUCACAAACCUUCCAAAUCUGGAUUUCGAGAGAGGAGCGACAGUCGAUUGGGAGGAGGGAAAUCAGAGCAUUGCCAACUGUUGCUUCCUUCUCCAUUGAUCAUUCCCAAAUCUUCAUGUCCGCUUACAGAGGCCAACACCACUGGUUGCAGAGGCUUAUUGAUUUUAAGAAAGUCAACCCCUGACUUCAGAGGUGAAUUUAGCCUAUUGCCCAUGGAACCAAAUAGCCGGUGGAAGAUACAUGUCUAUCCCUGUCUUUCAGCUCUACAAACCUGCCUGAUGGAAGGUACAUGGCUGCACGGAGCAAGGGGUUUCGGUUGAUAGAGCUAGAUUCACGAAGAUAGCUCCUCAUAGCUUUCUGUCACAUAGGCUUACAGGAAUGGUAGUCCGUGGUUGAAAACUAUGUCUAUGAAAUGGUGUUUCUACUUCUGCAAACUUGGCUAAUUUAUUGAGUGUUCUUCAUCCAUGUUGCAUAGCAUCCAUGUUAAGCACAAGCUUUGAUACUAAACACCACUUCUAUCACUAUGAAUAGGUACUGAUGUUCUUCUAUUUUUGUUGAAUCUGAUAUCUUUUUUUCAAAAUUUUGCAGGUUUCCAUACUAAUGGAGU